UAUGUGUUCAGAUAGAGCAACAUAUCUGGGCUGAGAGGGAACCAUGGCACCAACCGUUUUACUUUUAUCUUUGCUAACUUUUAUUGUUGUUUUAGUUGGAGGAGUAACUACUUCGCCUUCUCUUAAAAAAUCUGCUACAACUGCAUCAUAUAAUUUAAAUUACACUCAAGCAUCAUCUGUAACUGGAAGCGGGAUAGCCCGUAUUAAACACAGGACCACCAGAGCUUAUGGAAACAUCUCACCUACUAAGGUAAGCAGAUUCUCCAAGACGGUCAAACCCACUGAGGCGACCACCAGAGCUCUGAAACCCACUGAGGGAAGCACCAAACCUCUGAGAGACACGCCAUUUAAACCCACUCCGGCCACCAGAGCUCCCAAACGCACAACAGUGAAGCCAUUCGAGUCAACUAAGGGUACCACAAAAACUCUGAAGCCCACUGUGAAAUGGACUGAGGUGAGCACAAAAGCCUUGAAACCAACAACAGUGAAGCCAACACUACCAUCCACAAAAACGACGACCACCCCAGUGCGCUUCAACACAGAGGACCUGAAUGAGAACAUUGAUAAAAACGUGGAACGGAGAGUUUGGAACAAAAAAAGUGAAGAACCACCGGUAUUUGAGUGUCCUCCUUUGGGUCUGGAGUCUCUGAAAGUUAAAGACUUGCAGAUUCAGGCCUCUUCUUACAAGCGUAUGGGCCUGGGGCCACACAGGGGCCGACUCAACAUACAGUCUGGUGUGGAGGAUGGCGAUAUCUAUGAUGGAGCUUGGUGCGCCCAGUAUAAAGACCAGAACCAGUGGUUACAGAUAGAUGCCAAGAAGCUCACACGGUUCACAGCAGUGAUACUACAGGGUCGCAGCUCUAUAUGGAGCUUGGACUAUGUAGAAACCUUCAAGGUUCAAGUUAGCAAUGACACCAUUAAAUGGAAGCCAUGCAUGAAUGGAACAGAAGAGGCGGUGUUUGAGGGGAACAAGGACAGCGAAACGCCAGUCUUGGCCAUUUUGCCCAAGCCGGCGGUGGCACAAUACAUACGCAUUAACCCUCAGACCUGGUUUAAGAAUGGGACCAUCUGUCUGAGAGCUGAAAUUAUGGGCUGUGCGCUGCCAGAUCCAAACAAUAUCUACCCAUGGCAAGCUGAGGAAGGCACCAAUGACAAACUGGACUUCAGACAUCAUAACUACAAAGAGAUGAGGAAGCUCAUGAAGUCUGUGAAUGAGAUGUGUCCUGAUAUCACCCACAUUUACAGCAUUGGCAAAAGCUACAUGGGCCUUAAACUGUAUGUAAUGGAAAUCUCAGACAAUCCAGGCAAACAUGAACUGGGUGAACCUGAGUUUCGCUAUGUGGCCGGUAUGCAUGGGAACGAAGUGCUCGGCAGGGAACUACUGCUCAACCUGAUGGAGUACAUAUGCCAUGAGUACAAACGUGGAAAUCAGCGUAUUGUUCACCUAGUCAAAGAGACACGCAUCCAUCUCCUGCCCUCGAUGAACCCUGAUGGCUAUGAAUGGCUCCAGAAACAAGAGCCGUCAUCAGUUGGAUCUUCUUCCGCUGGCUGGCCAAACUUUGCAGAUCUGAACACAGUGAUGUGGGAUGCCAUAGAGCUGGAAACAGACAAAUCUAAACUAAUCAAUCACUACUUUCCCAUUCCAGAGUACUAUACUUCAGAAGAUGCUAUGGUGGCUCCAGAAACGAGAGCCGUCAUCAGUUGGAUGCAAACUAUACCUUUUGUUCUCAGCGCUAACCUCCAUGGAGGAGAGCUGGUGGUCACAUACCCGUUUGAUAUGACCAAAGACUGGGCUCCCAGAGAGCACACUCCCACCCCCGAUGAAAGCUUCUUCCGCUGGCUGGCCACGGUUUAUGCGAGCACCAACCAUGUGAUGUCCAACCCAGACCGAAGGCCCUGUCACAAUGAGGACUUCCUUCGUUACAAUAACAUUAUCAACGGAGCAAACUGGCAUACGGUGCCAGGCAGUAUGAAUGACUUUAGUUACCUGCACACCAACUGUUUUGAGGUGACGGUGGAGCUGUCCUGUGAUAAGUUCCCUCAUGCCAGUGAGCUGCCCAUAGAAUGGGAGAACAAUAAAGAAUCUCUCCUUGUCUACAUGGAACAGGUGCACAGAGGAAUCAAAGGAGUGGUUAAGGACAAAGACACUGAAGCCGGCAUCGCUGAUGCCAUCAUCAAAGUAGAUGACAUCGACCACCACAUAAGAUCAGCUUUUGAUGGGGACUUCUGGCGUCUGUUGAACCCAGGCGACUAUGAUAUCACAGUGACCGCAGAGGGAUACUUCCCAGCUACACGAAGUUGCAGGGUCGAGUACGAGCAUUACCCAACUAUAUGUGACUUCCACCUCACCAAGACACCAAAACAGCGUCUGAGAGAGAUCCUAGCCAAGGGAGGCAAGAUUCCCAAAGACCUACAGCUCCGACUGCGCCAGCUGCGCAUACGGAAACUGCGUGCCAGCACUAAGCUUAUUAAUCAACGCAGGGCAUCACAGCAGCGCAGGGCUAGGGGGGCCCACAACUAGACUGACCUUUAACCUUUGACCUGUUUUGCCGGCCAAGUACAGGAUUAAACUAUCAAUGUCACAGGCAAAUGCAGUUUAGAGGGCCUGUCCUUUCCUGUGGUAACAUACAUUGUGUAUUAUACAUUUAGAGCAGAUACAUUAUGCAGUGUACUGUAAAUUUUACACAAAAAUGUUUCAAACUGAACAUUUAUUGAUAAAAUGGACAAUUAAAAAUAACACCAUCUUUGGACAUUUAGAUUUUCGUGCUAAUAUGUGCUCAUAUUUCUGCAUAGAAGAGCAAAGACAACAUCUCAGUCUGAAAUGUUUUGUCAAAUGGUUUCAUUAAAUGUUUAUAUUUUGUCUGCUAUAUUUCAAACAGUUUAACCCUGAAGAUUAAAUAUAUAUACUGAAUACUGAAGAGUUAUUUAUAAUGCUAGCAAUUCCGUGAAAUGAAGUUUGAU